AUGGCGGACAACGGCAACGGCAACGGCAACGGCAACGGCAACGGCGUGACAACGGUAAAGCUGAGGGCCUCCGACGGCGAGAUCUUCGAGGUGGAGGAGGCCGUGGCCAUGGAGCUAGAGACCGUCAAGAACUUCUUCGGCGACGACGGUGUCACGCAUGACACCGUCAUUCCCCUCCUGAACGUGACGUCGCUCCCGCUCGCCAAGGUUAUCCAGUACUGCCGGCGCGCCGUCGAGUUCAGGGCCAAGUUGGCGGGCGCCGGAGACGACGAGGAAGCCCAAAAAAAGGCGGAGAAGGAGUGGAAGGAGUUCGAAUCCGAGUUCGUGAGCGAGGAGAGCAACGAAUCGGUCAAGGAAUUGAUUCUUGCGGCGAAUUAUCUGAACAUCAAGAAUAUGCUGUCUUUCCUCAACGAGGAAGUGGCCGAUCGGAUCAAGAACAAGAGCGUGGAGUACGUGCGCAAGUUCUUCGGGAUCCGUAACGACUUCCCGCCGGAAGAGGAGGAGCGGCUCCGCCAGGAAAACGCCUGGGCCUUCAUGGGCGUCGACGCCGAUUAA